UCUAUUUGUCAACAUGACUCCUCUUCAUUGUGCAUCCAUCGCUGGACAUGUAGAUGUUUUAAAUGAAUUGCUCUCCCAUUGCCCCAAAUCUAUCAUGGAUUUAACUUCUAGGAAGGAGACUGCUCUGCAUCUGGCGUUGAAAAAUGACCAAGUUGAAGUCUUUGAAGCAUUAGUGAAUUGGCUCCAACGUCACUGGCAGCAUGACCUUCUAAGAUGGAAAGACCAAGAAGGCAACAAUGUCUUGCAUCUUGCAGUACUUUUAAAAGGACAUAACAAGGUUAAGCUUGUACAGGUGGUUGAGCCAUUGCUUCAUCAUCGUGGAAUCCUUGUAAGAAAAUCUGUGAAGAUCAACUCCAAAAACAAACAUGGAUUUACAGCCUUGGAUCUUAUAUUAAUGGAGAAGGUUCCAAUGGGACAGGACCAAGGAAAAGUAGAAAGUAUCCUUCGUGGUGUUGGAGCUAAAACAGGGCAUGAUGAUACUGGGCGUGAAACAAGAAUAGCUCUCACAAGGAAAUGGGUGCUUACCCAUUACAUAAAAACAGUGCUUAAGUAUUUCAGUUUCAGGGUAGAUUUAGAUACUCCAAAUGAAAUAAGGAACGCACUAUUUAUAGUAGUUGCUCUUAUUGCAACAGCAACCUACCAGACUGGAAUUACCCCUCCCAGUGAUUUGUGGCAGGAUACCAAUUUGGUAUACUUAUGAUCCACGCGGUUACACUUUUAUCAUGGUUUGUAAUUGUCUUGCCUUCAAUCUAUCUGCAAUCCUGCUUUUCAACCUCACAGAAGGAUACCCUCUUCGUGGUCCACUUCAAAUCACACCAAUCACCCCACUUGAUGUCAUUUAUCAAUCAAAAACAUUCAAAAUUCUUCAAAAUUAUGGUCUGAUAACAGGGGCUAUGUUGUUUUUGGUAUUGAUCUCUUGGGCUGUCAGUGGUAAUUGGACGGGAAAGA